GAGAGGAGAACAAUGCGGACGAGAAGAAGAACUACUUGUCCAUCCUGGCGAUCCUCUUUUCUCCUACCUCUAUCCUCCGCUUCAUGCGCGCUCCUCCCCUCCUUUCCACCCCCUCCACCGCAAGGCCGCUAAUGCCGUCAAGGUUUGAGCCACGACAGAGAGCAUGGGAAUCUGGGUGACGCGCGAUACUCCGCGCACUCGGUCUACGCACGCAGCACCAAGCUGAUGCUUUCUGGGGUGAGCGUGCGUACGUGAGUGCACGCGCAUCCGCAUGUUUGUGCACAUGUUUGCGCAUUGUUUGAAGCAGCGCCGCAAAGCGUCCAAAGGUCAUCCAGACUGCUCCGAGGUCCUGCGGGGCCCCUGCGAAGCCACCGCUGGAAGCCGGGGCCUCCGAGCCCCCGUCCCCCCUAAGAGCCCCGAGUCUGGCCCCGUGACCUCUGCUGUGGGCAAGGACGAGACGCAGCACGGCGGCCUCACCGAGCGCUGCCGGCUGCACCGCGUGCUGGAGGCCCCCGAGGGCGGCUGCGGCAGCGGGCCUCUGCGGCUGGAGGUGGAGCUGCUGAGCAGGCGGGGGUCGGCGGCGGACUGCUGCCCCGCCGUGAUCUGCCUGGACGCGGGCCCCACCGCGAACGCCCGCUGGUUCCAGAUCCUGCAGCAGAUGGGCGCGCAGCUGCGGCAGCGGAGGCCUGGCCUCGACGAGGCGGCAGCCAGCGGCGGCCUGCCCACCACGGGGAGGCGCGCCAGCGCCCCCGCUGCGCAGCUGGCGGCCAGGAGGCCCCCGCCGUGCGUGGAGCUGUCGGAGCUGGGCGCGGGGCGGCCGCCAGGCGCGCAGCCGCAGGGCCAGGAGGGCGAGGUUCCGGACGACUGA